AGAAAGCGCCCGCAGGACGACCAUCACACUCGCGCCUCCCCUCACCGUCCCGAGAACCUCAAUCUGGCCCAGCAGAACCAGCGCAACAACCGUCGCAAUGGAAAUGGAAACCAGAACCGCUCAAACAACUCGACUCCCACUCACAACCGACAUGCCAACUUCUCCCAGCCUGGAUCCGCUAGAAACUCGCCCGCUCAACCUCCGCAGACUCCCCAGCAGAAUGCGCAGUCACAACCGCCCGUGCAACAGCAGCGACAGCAACCAGAGCCAACACGCCCUGCUCUGAACUCAACACCCUCAGCCACGCCCGCUCCUCCGCUCGUCCUCCCUCAGUACCCACCGACGCCUAAGGAACCUCCCGCUCCUUAUGCUUACGACUACUUGACAGACGACGCUGUGAGUGCCUGGCAGGCAAAGGGAAAGCAGUCGGUCUUGGAUGCGCUGGAGAAUGCAGAAGACAAGGAUAUAGUGUCGAGCACCGUCAUACAAGAGCUGCUGAGAACAACACUGGAUGGUCGCUUGUCCGCUGGAGAGUGCGCCGAAGUGUUGAAACAAGUUGCUCCCACCGACGAGCUGCAGUCUGUCUUUGCCGACACGCUGGCUCUGCUCGACGAGGCGGACUGGAAGAACCCCGUCCUCAAGACUCUCAUCCACGAUGCCGGCCUCUCGCCUCAUCUGCUUCGCAACGAGCUCGACAUUGAACCGCUUUCCGCCCUUGGUCUUGUGCGCAACACUUUUUCUACCAUUCGCAACCGCAAGACGACCAACCUUAUCUACCGUCAGGCCAACUUCAACCUGCUGCGUGAAGAGUCUGAGGGUUACUCUAAACUCAUCACCGAAUAUUUUAAUGCCGCCAAUGCUGGUUCAACGUCAGAUUUGAUUGCCGAAGAUACCUUUCAACGCAUCAAGGCGCUUGUUGGAUCCUUCGAUCUGGACGUUGGACGUGUUCUGGACAUCACCCUCGACGUCAUGGCAAACCUCCUCAUCAAGAACUUCCGUUUCUUCAUCAAGUAUUUACGUGCAAGUUCGUGGUGGCCCGAGCAGCAUAUCCCUGAAGGAUUCCAAACUCAAGGCCAAGGUUUUAGCUCGCUACCGGCAUGGGCUCUUCCCCAUUCAGCAUCAUGGAGUCAGACGUCGGAACAGCGUGCUCAGCUUGCUGCUCUCAAGGAGGCUCGUGAUGUCGACUUCUGGCAGCAGGUGCGCAAGGUGGGUAUGGACGCCUUCUACGACAUUGGUGCUCUCCGCAUCACAAAUCUGGAUGCACCUGCAGUUGCCGAUCUUCUCAAUACAGAAAUCAAGCCUGAACUGGAUGCUAGAGGUCGUGAGAUGAACAUGAUCCGCCGCCUUCGUACUAACAACGCCCGCAAAUGGAUGCGCCAGACUGGCUGCGUCGUGCCUCCUGGCAACUCAGACGCCGCCCAGCUACUGGGUUUCAAACUCGCCUUUUACUCUUCUGCUGCCCGUGACAAGCAUGACGUUCUACCUGAUAAUCUCAUCUAUCUUGCCGCCUUCCUCAUCAAGAUUGGCUUCAUCUCUUUGAGAGAUCUCUAUCCUCACCUUCUACUGGCCAUUGGAUGUCUACCAGAAGCCUUGUACAUACUAGGCAGAUUCCCUUGGUUGAAUGAUCUCGUCCAUGAAUUGCCCGACUACAUCCAUCGCAUCCUUCAUCACAUGCUGACCAAGGUCUACGAACCCGCCAGACCUCUCGCCAACAGACCUGGAAUGAAUGAUGCCAGACCUCACAUUGGCGACCCUACCGGCUUGCCUAAGGGUCAGCUCAAUCUCACUCCUGCCCCACCAACCAAGACUUUGAGAUGGGCCAAUCUCGACCGCCCCGACUAUGGCGAUGCUGUCGAGUACAAAUUCUAUUGGGAUGAUUGGACUGACAAUAUUCCCGUCUGCCAAUCGGUAGACGAUGUCUUCCAGCUCUGCAGUACCUUCCUGAAUCUGACCGGCGUCAAGAUUGGUAGAGACUCUACUCUCCUGAUGAAGCUUGCUCGCAUCGGUAAAAAGAGUUUGGCCGAUGAUCCUUCCGAGACCAAUUACGCUCGAUGGAUUGAUCUCUGCAAACGUCUUCUGGUUCCUGCUCUCAGUUUGACCAAGCACAACACUGGCGACGUCAAUGAGAUGUUUGAGCUUCUCAAAUUCUUCCCCACCAGCACUCGCUACUCAAUCUACGCCGAGUGGCACUAUGGCACAACUUCUCGCCUCCCUGACAUCAAGUCUGCCUUUGACCUCACUAAGGCCGAGACAAAGGAUGUUCUCAAACGUAUCAGCAAGACUAAUGUGAGAGCCAUGGGCAAGGCACUGUCCAAGGUUGCCUUUUCUUCUCCUGGUAUUGUCAUGCAAGUCGCCAUUCAUCAGAUGGAGUCCUACGACAACCUUAUUGAUGUUGUCGUAGAAUGUGUUCGUUACUUCAGCAUGCUCGGAUACGAUAUGGUUGGUAUCAAAUCUGAUAUGACCUUCAACGAGUCCCAAGUUCUUGCCAUGGCGGGUGGUCCUGUUCUCAAGGCUCAGACGCUCAUUUCCCUGCUUGAUGAAAGACACAAGAUGGAGAAGCCAUCUCGUCGUCUGAUCAAGGCACUCAUUGAGCCUGGACUAGCUGGCCAACUUUUGAUAUCUGUCGCACAGGAGAGUCAAAUGUAUGCCCACCAUGAGUCCACCCAAGACGCGCCUUUGAAAGUUCUCGGAAACAACAUGGACAAGCUCUACCAGGUCUUUAACCAAUAUCUUGAGACUCUUCGAAGCACACUUGCACCGUCCGAAUUCGAUGCCGUCGUUCCAGACACUGUCAGCUUGAUGGGAGACUUUGGUCUUGAGCCAUCGAUUGCAUUCAUGAUCGGCCGCGCAAGUAUUGCUCAUGCUAUCGCCGAAAGCGAUGCUGCCAANAAGGCCGAGCAACAAGCCAGAAGAUCUAGCCAGUCAGUUGCUGCCAAUGGCGAUGUCAGCAUGGCUGACGCUGAUGAGAAGGAUGUCAAGAGUGAAGAAGCCACCUCACCUCCUACUGAGGAGAAGCCCGUACUUUCUCUCACCGAAACUGACGCUGAGAUGAAAAGCGUUGCUCACGCCAAUGGGGUUGAUACUGCAACCCCGACUCCAUCGUCUGACACACACUGGCAUCCUGUGUUGACCCCGCUCAUCGAAAAGACACGCGAGCUGCUUGGCGACAAGCUUGAGCAGAGUAUCAGCAUCCCAUUCUAUGUCACUUUCUGGACUCUCGGACUUNNUGAAGACAUUCUGGUCAACACCAACAGCUACGAUCAGGAGCUUGCUACCCAAUCUCAUCUCAUCAACCAAAUAAACAAUGACCGUGCCGAUGUUACUGGUAAGGGCAUGCAAGAGAAGGACAAGAGAAAGAAGGUCAUUACCGAGUUGAGAGAGAAACUCACUCAGGAAAUGAAGAGUCAAAUCGGCGCCUACACCCAGGUCCGCAACAGACUCAACAAGGAGAAGGAUCACUGGUUUACCGACUUCCAUAACAAGGUUGAGCUUUUGCACACCAGUCUUCUCCAGAACUGCUUCCUUCCGAGAAUGAUGAACUCUCCUCUGGACGCUCACUACACCUACAUGAUGUUGAAGUUCCUCCACAACAAUGGCGCCCCCGGAUUCCGCACUAUGCACUUGCUGGACCGUCUACUGCGUAAAAACCAAUUGUCAUCGCUCAUGUUCCAAUGCACCCCUAGAGAGUCCGAGAACUUUGGUCGCUUCCUGAAUGAAGUUCUGAAGGAGCUUUCGUCUUGGCAUGCCGACAAGGCAGCGUACGAGAAGAACGCAUUUGGAGCAAAGAAACAAUUGACUGGUUUCGCGAGAAAGCUCAACCCAGACAACACACCGUCAGUAUUCCUCAGCUAUGAAGAGUAUCGUGUACUGCUGUACAAGUGGCACUCCAACUUGAAUGCUGCUUUCCAAAUGUGCUUCGACUCUGGCGAGUACAUGCACAUUCGCAACGCCAUCAUCGUGUUUAAGGCUGUUGCUCAACAAUUCCCUGUCGCAGAGCCCAUGGGCAAAAUGAUCCUCGAUACCGUCACUGCUCUUAGCAAGGCUGAUGGCAGAGCCGAUCUCAAGCUCGCUGCUGCAAGUUCAUUGGGCGACAUCCGCAAGAGACAGUCUUCUUGGGUCUCCAAAGAACACUUUACAGGAGUGAGUACAGCACAACCACCCUCAACCAACAAAUCUGACAUUAUCAAGAAACCCGAUCCCAAUGCCAAGCCUGUUCCAUCUCGAGCCGCGACCCCUGCUUCUCGUACUUCGACUCCUCUUAACCCUACCGCUCAAUCAUUCAAGGCCCCACCUGUUCCAGCUCAGAAAGCCGAAUCAGAGGAUGGAGAGAUUGACGAUGACAAGACUUCGGCAAAGGCAGAAGCUACUGACGAGAAGUCUGAAAUGUUACCAGAGAGAAAGGCCGCGCUCAAGCCGUUACCAAGAGCCAACGAAGGCCAAGUGAGAGCUCAUACUCCCUCGCAACGCAAUGACUCAAGGCCAUCGUCAACCCAGCCCACAAGAACGCCCCACUCUCUGCCUAGCAAACCGGAACUACCACCAGCUACCAGACAACCAUCUGGCCGAGGCCCUGCACAGUUACCUGCCCGCCAUGACUCUCGAGAGCGCGGUCAUCCUUCUGAUUAUGGACGACUGGACAGACCCAGCGAAGCCAUGCGUUCUAACGCUUCCGGCAUGCCGAGAGAAGCAUCCCCUCCUUUGGGAGCACGUGGAGGCAGAACUCGUCAGAGAUCGCCAGAAUAUCCUCCUCGUGAUGACAGACGCGACCACUAUGGCAGACCUCAACCUUCAGCCUUGCCUGAGCCGCGUAUGGCUGAACGCGAUCAAUACGGUCCUGCAAGACCUCAUCCUGGAAGAACACUCCUUCAAGAGAACAGAGGGUACCCUGGUGGCCCUAGCCCGAUGGCUCCUCCUGCUGAUCGCUCAGGUUACGAUAGAAUUGAUCGUGGUGAGCGCUCUGAACGUCCCGAACGCGUCGAUCGCGAACGUUCGGAUCGCCAGUCCAUGAGUCGAGCAUCUUCUCACUCUGCCCAACCAUCGCAGCCUGCAGUCGUUGUCAACCCUGAGCGUCUUGCUUUGAUCUCUGGAGAAGUAGCUCCCAAUGAUCGCAGAUCCAGAGACUCAUCUCGUGACGACAGAAGAUCGAGGGACUCAAGACCGCAAUCUCCCAAAAGACCCGCUGAUCUACCACCACCAGCACCAGUGCGCGAGAAGGAAACUCCACGCAGACAGCCGCUUGAUCCUAANUCCAUUCGCUGCACGAGAGAGUGCUCGUGCUCAGCCCGAGAAAAUGGACCCGCCACCGACCGGGCCUGCAGCGGGCAGAAGUGGACGAGGUGGUCGCAAUGA